CUUUUUUCCUUCGAUUUGAAUUUGAGAAAUUUUAUGGUUGUGUCGUUAUAGCAUCGUUAGCAUGAUAUGAAAAAGAGAUCCUUUAAAUCGGUAGUUUAAUCUUUUAUUCCGGCGGUUGACACGUGAUUUUCGGUGUCCUGCUCCUUUAUUCAUUUGAAGAAUCCCUAGAAAUGAACACCGAGAGCGAAAAGGAAAUUCGUUGUAAAACGGAGUCGGUAUUAAAAGUUUGCACCGUCUGCAAGAUCAAAGGGGAUAAACUUCAGGUGGCACCAUAUUUUGUAUGUGCAUUUUUUAGUUUAGAAACUGACAGAGUAAGUAGGGUUUGCAGUAAGUGCUAUGGUGAGGCUGAGAAUCAUCAAAGUGUUCUAGUGAAUAUGCUGGCUGAUCAUAAAAGUGUUUUCACUGGACCCAAAAAACCAAAGAAUCAAGUUGAGAUAGUUGAUCUUGAUGAUGAUGAUGAUGUUGAAUUCCUUGAAGAACACGAGAAGUCCCAAGAAGAAAUUGUGGAAAUUGAGGAAGAUGUUGAUGAUGUUGUAAAAUAUGUAAUGGACAAAUAUUGCUUCGGGGAACAACUUAAUGCAGCAUCAUUGCAUCUACAUGAAAAAUGUAAAUCAGUUGAAGAAGAAUUGACAAAACUUGAUGUAUCCCAUACUGAAAUCACAAAACAUCUCAGUGCUUUAAAAAAAGAGUUAUUUGAUCCAUAUGAGCCCAUACUCUGCCACGUGGACUCUGUUGAUAUUGAUGAAGAAGGCAAAGUGUCAAAUCACAGUACAACUUUGAUCUCGUCAUCUCAACCUGUUUAUAGCUGUGUCAACAAAAUUAAUGAAUUGCCACCAGUUGGAGAGUUUAUUCGCAAGCCUCUUCAGCUCAAUCAACCUGUAUAUGCAAUGAAAGAUUCUCUUUUAAAACCUUGGGUCAAGGGAUUUGUUUUAAAGAUCAAAGAUAACUCAGAAAUGCCUUUCGAAGUCUGUUUUGAAAAUACUGCUGAUAAACAACCACGUAAAUUCCCUUUAAAAUACUUGGCGUAUGCUGAGCCAAGUCCUGUGCAGUUCGUUGUGGGAGCUCGUGUGAUCGCCCAGUAUGUCGGAGACGAUAAUGAAUUGCUGGAUCCUUUAUCGUAUUACGCUGGAAUAGUCGCUGAAGAAGCCAAGUUUUUAAAUCAGGAAAGAUACCUUGUGUUUUUCGACCAAGGCUACGUCCAGUACUGCAAGCAUGAGCAGAUCAUGAUGGUGUGUCGUACCUCAAAAGAUGUUUGGCACGACGUCUAUUCGAAAUCUCGCUAUUUCGUGUCCAGUUAUUUGAACUCAUACCCAGAACGUGCUAUGGUCAAAUUACAACGGGGGCAGAGUAUUAAAACCGAAUUGAAUGGGUUUUGGUUCAAUGGGCGAGUAGAUGCAGUUGAUGCCUCCAUGGCCAGGAUCUGUUUUGCAUCUGAAAAGCGUUUUGAGUGGAUAUAUCGUGGUUCAACUCGCUUUCGUCACCUCUAUGAUUUAUUGGCAAAUGCAGAGGCCAGAAAGAAACAAGGAAACAGAAGACCCACUAGACCAAUUCAUAACAUGUCCCUCGUUCAUAAGAAGAAAAACGCCCCUUACGUUGAGUAUACCGGUGGAAAUGUCGAUGUCUCUCCUCCCGCUCCACCUAGUCCUUCUUUAUUAACAUCUCAAUCUAGUCAGAAUGGAAUCCGAGCUGUCGCAAAAAAGAGCACUUCCAAAGUUUUCAAAUCACCCGCCGCACUCCCAACGUCGCGACGUAAGGCAGAUUCCAGUGAAAUAGACGACUUGAAUGAUCAAGUUAAACGGCAAUUGAAUGUGUCGUUUCAACAAGUCUAUUUCGAGCCUCAUCAAUGUGGAAGUGAAUGUUUGAAAGAAUUUCCUUACACGGAAGGAGACUUCAAAAAUGUCAAUCCUCUCUCAAUUCCAUUACGAUGUGGCUGGUCUAGGGAAUUCGCAGCGCAACGGAAGACUGCGCGCACUGUGAUUGUCAUUUACCGCGCGCCCUGUGGACGCCGAAUGCGUAAUAUGGAUGAAUUGCAUCGCUACCUGCGCAUAACGAAAUCCGAACUUGGUGUAGACCUCUUUUGCUUCGACAGUCGCGUCAAUUGUUUCCGAGAGUUUGAACCGGAAAUUGUCUACAGCCGAAUUGAAGAUAUUAGCUAUGGGAAGGAAAACGUCCGCGUUUCGUGUGUCAAUUCAAUUGAUCGAAGAUAUCCUGAGCAUGUUCAUUAUUGCACAGAGCGUCUUCCUCGUGAAGGAGUAAAUAUCAAUUUGGAUUCGAACUUCCUUGUGUGUUGCGAUUGUACAGAUGAUUGCCAAGAUAAGGAAAAAUGCCGGUGUUGGCAACUAACCAUCACAUCAACAGCAAGAGGUCCUGGUGGGAAAAUCAUUCAAAAUGCUGGGUACGAACACCGUCGUUUGCCAUCUAAUUUAACGACAGGAAUCUAUGAAUGUAACUCACGUUGCGCAUGUCGUAAAACGUGCGUCAACAGAGUGGCGCAACGACCCUUACAAUUGCGUUUGCAGUUGUUCCGUACUGAGAAGUGUGGAUGGGGUAUCCGCUGCUUGGAUGAUAUUCCAAAGGGCCAAUUUAUCUCCGUCUAUGUGGGAGAACUUCUAACUGAUCAUGAUGCCAACAAGUUCGGAAAGGAGUUUGGUGACGAGUAUUUGGCCGACUUAAACUUUAUUGAACUAACAGAAGGUUUAAAAGAAGGAUACGAAAGUGAAAGCUACCAAAGUGAUGUGUCUAGUCUUGAAUCUCAAUCUAGUAGCGAUGAUGACUGGGGUGAACCUUCCGAUUCUUCUGGAUCGAAAAUUUCGCGUUCAAGAAAAGAAGCAAAAAAAACGCGGACUGAGAAAACUACAAACAAAUCACGGUCUCGUAAAGCAGUCAAACCGAUCGACAUGGAUGAUGGCCAAAUGAAUGGAACACGAGAUUUAUACGGCCCCAAUGAAAACAGUUUUGUUAUUGAUGCAAGGAACAUUGGUAACAUAGGAAGAUAUUUCAAUCACUCCUGUGAACCGAACAUUUUUGGACUAAAUAUUUUCAUUGAUACUCAUGAUUUGCGUUUUCCAUGGAUGGCAUUAUUCACCAAUCAAUUUGUUCGUGCUGGAACUGAGUUGACGUGGGAUUACGGUUACGAAGUUAACAGCGUACCCGGCAGAAGGCUAGACUGCUUUUGCGGGUCGAAAAAAUGCAGGCUCAGACUGCUUUGAAUACCAAUCAUUAGUUUUAUCAUUUCCUGUGUCAUCUGAAUGUGUUUUUUUUAAUCAACCCGUUUAUUUAGCUUUACAGAUAAUAUCAUAAAUGACGGAUAUAUUUCUUGCCAAUAAAGAACGCUCAGCACUUUACAAGUCA